UUCUCAUCUUCCUUCCUUCCUUCCUCCCUCCCCUCUCCUCUCCCUCCUACUUUGUCUUUGUGGUGCAACGAAUAAAAAGUUAGAGAGAGAAAGUAAAUUGUGCAGUGCAGUCCCCUAAGGCGAUAGAGAGAGAAAGUGAAGCAGGCCGAAGCCAAGCAGCAGCUCUGAGCCCGGCGUUGCACUGAGAAGAAAGGAGAAGAAGUAUUCAAUAGAGGGGGAGAGAUCGUCAGAGGUUUUUCCUGUGUCCGUCUGCGCUUCUUCUCCUUCUCCUUCGUUGCUCCUCCUCCUUCUCGUCCUUCUUCGUCGUCAUCGGUCGAAUCCGUGCGAGACCGGUGAGGAAUUUCUUACUGUUUGCGGCGGUCUUCGUCUCUGAUCUCCGACGUGCAAGGAAGAAGAGAAGGCAUAUGAGGAUCAGGAAGAGACAAGUCCCGCUUCCGCUCUCGUCUCUCUCGCCGGUUCCCCUCUCAUCGCUGUCACUCUCAGAUCCCUUCUCCCACUCCAGCUCCGAUGGCCUGUCCCAGCUCCCGCCAGUGCAACUCCUCCUCCACCCCACUGCUCCCGCCACCGCCGAUGAUAUCGACAAGAAUUCCAAGCCAUCCGAUCAGGCGCCCAAUCGGGCCCCGAUCAGCGUCUCCAGGGCCAUGGAUGAACCCGAGAUGGUGAUCAAUGGAGAGGAGAAGCUCAUCCCCAAUGAUUCCAGUGUUUCGACGACUCCUAUGAACCUCGGUGGGUCUACAAAGGUACUUCACCAGUCGGGCACUUUGCAUUCAGGUGGGGGGUGGAGUGGGGGAACAAGCAGUGCAUUUCUUCCGCAGAAGAAAAGAAGAAAUCAGAAUGAUGAUGACGAAGAGGAAGGAGGAGGAAGAGAUGAAAUCAAGAAUGCGGUCAAGAAUAUUUCGUGCACGAGCAGGAGCAUUGUAAGGAAGAGGGGAAGAGGGGGUGGUGCUGGGGCGGUCCUGGAGGGGUCGAGGUGCAGCAGAGUAAACGGCCGGGGAUGGCGGUGCUGUCAGCCCACCCUGGUGGGUUAUUCCCUCUGCGAGCAUCACUUGGGCAAGGGGCGGCUCCGGAGCAUGACAAACGUGCGCAGCCGCCACCAGAACAAGCCACCAACAGCACCGGUGCUGCUGGGAUCAUCCCAAGCCACACUGAAAGAGCCAAAAGACAAAGAAGACGAAGAUCUAAUUAUCGAUGAGAAAAAGAUCAAGAAGGGGGCGAAGCUCGGGGUGGUCAAAGCCCGAUCCAUGAGCAGUCUUCUCGGACAAGGUAACGAUAGUACUGCCAACACUAGUAGUGCAACUCCGACAACAGCUGCUAUAGGAGCCAUGGGAUCCAACAACGUUGAAAUUGAGAGCACUGAAGCAUGAAAUGCUUGGUACUAAAUUUCAGACUCUUGAAUUCGGAGAGAAAGUUUCCUUAUGGACCGGGUGCAUGUGAUUUACCGACGCAACACAGAUACUGUGACCGGACAACGGCAGGCGUCCGUCAUAUUAGACUAGGAAGUAUAUACGCGUAAAAUAUUGUCCCAAUCCCUCGUGUGACACGAGAUUGGAGGCUGCCCUCCCUAGCUAAGAUAUUUUAUUGUGAAUGUUAAUAUAGAGAAGGCCAAGGUUAUGGCCAAAAAGUGUGACGUGUUUAUAUGUUUGGAUUUCAUUUUCGUUUUUUUCCUUAGUACGCUUAUGAUGAUUAGUUUUGCUGUUUGUGUUUCAUUCUAUGUCUUGCUUGGGAUUCUUGAAACACUAUGAUAAAGUGCGCUUUUUUCUUUUUCUUUUUCUUUUUCUUUUUUUCUUUUGUGUGGUAAAUGACAAAGUAUGUCGUUUUUGUUA